AGUUGUAGUUUCAUUGACCGUUCUCUACUAGCUACCAGGUAUUUGUUAUGUUCCGUUCGUCGUUCAAUUGUGCUUUUAAAAGGCACAAAGUGAAGCGGAUUUCCUCGAAGGAUGAAGAGGAUGGAGAAAUGAACAUCACUCACUAACUUGUUGGAUGAGGGGGUUAUGAACGGCUAUGAUGUGGUGCGGCAGAUUGGAGAGGGGGCGUUUGGUAAAGCCUUCCUGGUCAGAGAUCAAAGUUCAGCCAUCAUGUGUGUCAUCAAGGAGAUUAAGCUUGGCAAGAUGUCGCAGAGUGAAAGGGAGGCAUCGAACAAAGAAGGGAUGCUACUCUCUAAGAUGAAACACCCAAACAUCGUGGCAUUCUUCAAAUCAUUUCAAGAGAGGAACAGUCUGUAUAUAGUGAUGGAGUUCUGUGACGGAGGAGAUCUGAUGAAGAGGAUUACCGUUCAGAGAGGAGUCCUCUUCACAGAGGAGCAAGUGGUGAACUGGUUCCUUCAGGUGUGUCUGGGACUCAAGCACAUCCAUGACCGCAAGGUUCUUCACCGAGACAUCAAGGCCCAGAACAUCUUCCUCACCGGUGGUGGGAACCGAGCCAAACUUGGGGACUUCGGCAUCGCCAGGAUGUUGAAUAAUACCAUGGAGCUGGCGCGGACAUGUGUUGGCACUCCAUACUACCUCUCCCCUGAGAUAUGUGAGAGCAGACCAUACAACAACAAGACUGAUGUCUGGUCUUUGGGCUGUGUCCUCUACGAACUCUGCACCCUUAGACACCCAUUUGAGGGCAGUAAUUUGUGCCAGCUGGUGGGUAAAAUCUGCAGGGGACGCUUUGAGCCGGUCUCAAGUCGGUACUCCCACGACCUCCGCCUGCUGCUCAGCCAGCUCUUCAAGGUGAGCCCGCGGGACCGGCCCUCUGUGAGCUCCGUUCUGAAGCGACCCUUUCUUGAGAAGCUCAUCUGUAAAUACCUGGACCCACAGUUGAUGCAGGAGGAGUUCAGCCAAUCGACGGUGAUCAGGAACAACGCAGCAUGUCCCCAGAAGUAUAAAACAAGACCUUAUCAAGCUGAAAAGCUAGCCAGGGCCAGAGCUCCAGCGAGCGCUGCAUCCCGGCCAACGUUGAAGAAGCUGCACCUCAAACCAGAGUGGAAAGCACCAGCCAGAGGCUGCACUCCUUUGGGCCAGCCUAAAGGCAGACCAGGUCACCUAGCCGGCCCAGAGCUCAGAGAGGUCAGAGGUCAACAGAACCAAAGGGACCCCUAUCACCACUACCAUCGUCAACUGGAUGCUCUGAAGAGAAGGAACAGAGAGGAACCCCCUGCACAUCUUCAUCACAACCCUCCUCCUCCUCCUCAGAACCCUUCCUUCCCUCAGCUUGCAGAGCGGGGGGAAGACAGGCCUGUUCCCUAUCGAAUGGUGGAAGAGGCCCACGGAGCGUACCUCCAGAGACGUCAGGAAGCCCAGCGCUACAAGCUCAGAGCAGAGGAACAGCUGGGCCUGCGCCCGUCUACGGCUGAGGCUGAGCGCUACAGGAAGUUAGCCACCCAUCAAGAGGAAGUUAGAAGACCACAUCAAACACCUCAGCAUGGGAACCAACAGGAUUAUCUGAAUCAGUUAGAGUGUAUCAGAGAACAGUACUACCAGGAAAUGAGAGCCUUGAGGAGGAGAGCAGAGCUACUGAAUCAGCCAGGUACCAAUGAGGAGGAACAACCCAGGAGUCCAGGCAGACCCAGUCCAGAACACUCACAUGGACAGCAGGACAUGCGGGAUGCAUUGGAGCUCAUCCGAGAUGAGGAUAGACAGGAGAGGAGGGAAGUAAAAAGAGAGAAGUUACAGGGGUUGGAGAAUAAACACAGGGGCCAGAAAGGAAUCAUGUUUGAGAUCCGGUUGGACUGUGAGGAGAGUAAAGAAGGGCGACGAGGAGAGGACGAGAAGAAGGAGGGAAUAGGAGGAGAGGAGAGAGAGGCUGAGGGUCUUCUCAACCAGCGCCUAAGUUUCCAGGAGGGGGAGGAGCUCAGGCAUAGGGAUUGGUCGGUGGGGGAGGGGGGGCAGGGCCAGGUGAGGAGGGGGUGGAGUGAGCGGUUACCAGAGACUCUUCUGGAGGCCCUAGCCGGGAUGGACGUGUCUCUUGCAGGAGGCGAUGAAGAGGAGGAGGAAGCAGAGAGGAGGAGAGCAUGGGGGAGCGGACCCCCAAGCACUCUGCUCAAUGCCCUGGCCCACGCCCCCCUCAGCUCCUCCUCCUCCACCCUCGACACUCUGACACCAGAACCACCAGUAGAGGGGCAGAAGGAGGAGGAGGGACAGGGAGAGGCGGAGAGAGAGGAGCAGAGUGAGGGAGAGGAGGAGUUGGAGAAGGAGGUGCAGAUGAAGGAGGAGUCAGAUGUGGAGGUGGACGGCGAUCGUCUGGAGCCCCGGUCUGACGACGAUGACACGAACUUUGAGGAGUCUGAAGACGAGCUGAGGGAGGAGGUGGCCGACUCCAUGAAGAAUCUCUUCAUCAUGGAUGAAGAUGAAGACGAGGAGCCCGGAGAGAGAGAAGAGAUAGAUGGAAGGAUAAAGAAGGAGGGAGGGGAAGAUAAGGGAUGUGGGGACCCCAGACCAACACAGGCAGAGCCAGACAGCUACCCAUUGACCAAGGCCCCUCCCUCUUCAACCGAGGCCCAAGAUGAGGGGUGUGGGGGCCAGCCCGAGCAUAUAGGUGACCCUCAGACAUCAGAUGAAGCCUCCUCCGAAGACGACGGUAAAUAGAUCAGGAUCAUAUAUAGACAGGUCUUCACUGAGAGGGUUGGUGGAAAGACGCAUGUUGAUGGAGGUUCUAGGAAAGGAAUUUCAUCACAUCUGCACAUAUAUUCCUCAAGCUUUACUUAAAUUUGAAUGUAUUUAUGCAACCAAUCUAAUAAAUGAUUCAAAUGGAA